AUGAGUCUGUGGGAGUAUCACACCCUGAGCAGAGAGACAACAGAAAUGUACGGCUUCAUCAACACCUGCCUCAAGUCCCUGGUGACGGAGAAGUUUGGAGAGGAAACCUGGGAGAAGCUCAGCUCCCUGGCUGAGGUUCAGGACACCUUCAUGACCUACGAGGUCUACGACGACACUGUGACCCUGCGGCUCGUCAAGGAGGCCUGCAGCAUGCUGGACGUGUCCCCCGAGGUGGUCCUGAAGCUGUUCGGGGAACACUUCUUCAGCUUCUGUAAGCAGGCGGGCUACGACACCAUGUUGAGAACCCUAGGGGGCAACCUCACCGAGUUCAUAGAGAACCUGGACGCCCUGCACAGCUACCUGGCCCUCUCCUACCAGGAGAUGAACGCGCCCUCGUUCCGCGUGGAGAAGAUUGAGGGGGACGGCAUGCUGCUGCAUUACUACUCAGACCGCAAAGGACUCUACCACAUAGUACCAGGGAUCAUCGAGGCGGUGGCAAAGGACUUCUUUGACAGCGAGGUCACCAUGACGAUCCUCAACCAAUCAGAGGAGGACGAGCGCACGGGCAAGAAGGAGCACGUGGUGUUCCUGGUGAAGCAGCAGAAGCGUAGCGCCGCCCUUGUGGUGGAGAAGGGGCAGAGGCGGGCCAAGGACCCCCAACAGGGGAUGCAGGGACGGUGUCCCGGCCUCUCGGGGCCCCCACCCAGUGGACAGGGGCUCCUGCCCCGGGGGGUGAGGAGCCACUGGGGUCUGGUCCGCAGCGUGGUCCUCUGGGGGAAAGAGAACCUACGCUACACCUUUACCCCUUCCUACCCUGACAAGCUGUGGAUGGAGGAGAAAGCUUUCUGCAACGCGUUCCCCUUCCACAUCGUGUUUGACCAGGACCUCAAGGUGAAGCAGACAGGUGUGAACAUCCAGAAGUUUGUCCCCGGUCUGCAGACCAAAGACAUCCGCAUCGAUGAGUACUUCACCAUCGUCCACCCCCAGGUGACCUUCACCAUCGACAGCAUCAAGAAGUUCAUCAACAGUCAGUUUGUCCUGAAGACCCAGACGGAGAUGAUUCCUCAGCACCAGCGCACGGCCCUCAAGCUAAGAGGCCAGAUGGUGUGGAUGCCCUCCCUGGCCUGCAUGCUGUACCUCUGCUCCCCUAAGCUCCGUAGCCUCCAGGAGCUGGAGGAACGAGGGCUCCACCUGGCCGACAUCGCCCCCCACGACACCACACGCGACCUGAUCCUGCUCAACCAGCAGAGGCUGGCCGAGAUGGAGCUCAGCAACCAGCUGGAGAGAAAGAAGGAGGAGCUGAGGAUCCUGUCUCACCACCUGGCGGUGGAGAAGAAGAAGACGGAGACGCUGCUGUACGCCAUGCUGCCGCAGCAUGUGGCCAAUCAGCUGAGAGAGGGCCGCAAGGUGGAGGCAGGGGAGUUUGAGGUGUGCACCAUCCUGUUCAGCGACGUGGUCACCUUCACCAACAUCUGCUCCGCCUGCGAGCCCAUCCGCAUCGUCCACAUGCUGAACUCCAUGUACUCCCGCUUCGACCGCCUGUCCAGUGUCCACGACGUCUACAAGGUGGAGACCAUCGGUGAUGCAUAUAUGGUUGUGGGAGGAGUCCCGGUGCCCACACCUAGCCACGCCCACAGAGUGGCCAACUUUGCCCUAGGAAUGCGAUUGGCUGCCCGAGAAGUGACCAAUCCCGUGAGUGGGCAACCCAUACAGAUCCGGGUGGGGCUCCACACGGGCCCGGUCCUGGCUGGGGUGGUGGGGGACAAGAUGCCGCGCUACUGCCUGUUCGGGGACACGGUGAACACGGCCUCCAGGAUGGAGAGCCACGGCCUGCCGGACCACAUCCACCUCAGCCCCAGCACCUACAGUGCGCUGAGGGGUGAGGGUUUUGACCUCCGGGCGCGGGGGGAGAUCAAGGUGAAGGGCAAAGGUCAAAUGAUGACCUACUUCCUGUUUGAGAACCUGAGGGCGAGCGAGGCCGCCAUCAUGGGACGGGACGGGGCAGAGAGCGGCCUCUACGUAGAGAACCAGCCUGACAACCAGCCUGACAACCAGCGAGAGAACCAGCCUGACAACCAGCCAGAGAAUCAGCUGGAGAACCAGCCUGACAACCAGCAUGACAACCAGCGAGAGAACCAGCCAGAGAACCAGCGUGAGAACCAGCCAGAGAACCAGCCGGAGAACCAGCCGGAGAACCAGCCAGAGAACCAGCCGGAGCAACCAAACACCACGGAGACACCUGAACGGUGUGCUACACCGGCUACCAGUAAGUCAUCAUCAGAAGAGGACGCUAAGCUAACCAUGCUAAUGGCUGCCCCUCAGCGAGCAGUUACUCCUUACGAAUGGGACAUCACACCAACAUAUCACAGGAACAACGGAGAAGGUGGCAGUGGUGAUAUCGUCCUCAGCGCACGGAUCUGCCACCUGCUUUGAACGCCUCACCCUGUCUGACCCUCAAGCGCCCGGAUCUGCCACCUACUUUGAACGCCUCACCCUGUCUGACCCUCAAGCACCCGUAUCUGCCACCUAUUUUGAAAGCCUCACCCUGCUUUGAGCGCCUCACCCUGCUUUGAGCGCCUCACCCUGCUUUGAAAACCUCACCGUGCUUUGAACGCCUCACCCUGCUUUGAACGCCUCACCCUGCUUUGAACGCCUCACCCUGCUUUGAACGCCUAACCCUGCUUUGUACGCCUCACCGUGCUUUGAAUGCCUCACCCUGCCUUGAACGCCUCACCCCGCCCGACACUCAGGUGCUGUUCAGAUGUUUUACGCUGCACUAUGGAAUUUUCUUUAUAUCACUGUUUCGCCAGGUUGUCGAAACAUUGCACGAUUACGAUCAAGUUUGAUCAAACUAAAUCUAAUUACAACGAAAAUAGGACCACUUAGUCCUUCUAAUUAUCACAAAAAUAUAUUAUCCUAAGGUGUAUGCGUGUUUCAAUUCAAACAAAAAUAUUAUAUUCAAUCGUGUAUCUUUGUAUAAUAAUUAUUAUAGGCUACUCGUGUUCAAGUUCGUGUUUGUUGUAAAAAAGAAUUAUAUCACUUAUUUUAUUGUUCAUAAUUUUUUCUUCUGACAAAUGUACUUUUGAUUUUAAAUCACUGUGGAUAAAAGCGU